UUUUCAUCGUUUUCGAGACAGGUCAAAUCAAGACUCUGCACGAUCCUGCCGAUCAGAAGCUUAAUUCUCCGUUAACGGGCCUGGCGGGCGCAGCUGGCAUCGGUGUGGGUGACGUUUGGGGACCUUUUCCCCGGGCCGAAAUAGGCUCGUUGCACUCAUUGUUCACUGUGCCGAGUUCCGUGCAAGGUUCUUUUGUUUCUUUUCACACUGGGCAGGGCUUGCGCAAUGUUUCGUCCUCUCAAUGGCCGGCUAUGCGCACAUCGACCGGUCAUUAUGCAUAAAAUCCGCUUCUUUUCUCCAGGCCGCUUCCCUGUGGGCGAACGAGAUGGGAUAAAAGGAUUCAAAAGUCCUCGGCUUCUUUCCACCCCCUCAUUCUACAUGUCCACCCCGUGCCGCGAUCCCGUUUUAGUUUCUGGCUUUUCUGCAGGACGAUAACGAGCGCAGACGACCCGGCCAUGGCUGCGAGCCUAAACAAGACACGGACAGCGCCCGAACAUCGGUCCAGACGAUCCUCGCGUGCUUCUUUAAGACGGGCUCGAUCGACUCCCGAGGAUGAUUCUCACCAACUGUUUUCGCCUCAAUUCAUGGAUGACCAUGGUGCCCAUCAUUAUCACGUCGCUGCGACGCCGGAUGAGGAUUAUUUCGGUCAGCGCGAUGGUGACGAGGGUCCCAUAAUUGAGGAGGAUGCCAUAUCCGAAAGCAGCACUGCUGGAGAGUCGACGGAGGAAGUGAGGUUUGGUGUGGUGAACAGUCGCGAUGUCGAAGCAGGAGUCAAUCUGCCAGAACUGAAAUCGGAGAAGUCGACUCGAUCACUGAAGGAUCCCCAUCUGGUUACCUGGGAGGGGUCCGAUGACCCGGAAAACCCCAAGAACUGGACAUACCGGAAGAAAUGGGCGGCAACUCUCAUCGUAUCAUCGUUUACAUUCAUUUCACCCGUGUCAUCGUCCAUGGUGGCACCGGCUCUUGACAAGAUCGGCGAAGACCUAGGCAUUAGCCAGGAUAUCGAGAAGUCAUUGACCCUUUCGAUUUUCGUCCUCGCAUACGCCAUCGGACCAUUGUUUUUGGGCCCUUUAUCUGAAAUGUACGGCCGAGUUAUCGUUUUACAACUUUCGAAUUUAUUCUUUCUCGCCUGGAAUAUUGGGUGCGGCUUUGCGCAAACUCGAGGCCAACUCAUCGCAUUUCGGUUUCUGAGUGGUCUGGGCGGUAGUGCCCCCCUGGCCUUGGGCGGUGGAGUACUGAGCGACUGCUGGCGUGCGGAAGAACGUGGCAAGUCUAUCAGUAUCUACUCUCUCGCACCACUUCUAGGCCCCGCGGUUGGACCAGUCGCCGGUGGAUUUAUCGCCUUAAAGACCACUUGGAGAUGGUGCUUCUGGGCGACUUCGAUUGUGGAUGCCGGUAUUCAAGUUCUUGGCUUGAUCUAUCUGCGAGAAACCUACGCGCCCAAGUUAUUGAAUGACAAAGCAAAGAGACUCCGGAAAGAGACGGGCGAUCCAAACUACCAUACUGAGUGGGAUCGUCCCGAGAGAACACUGGGGAAAGUCAUCCGCACGAGCCUUGUCCGCCCAUUUCGUCUUCUAGGGACUCAGCCUAUUAUUCAGGCUCUGGCCAUGUAUAUGGCGUACCUCUACGGUCUUAUGUACCUUGUCCUAUCCACUUUCCCCCAAGUCUGGGAGGACAUUUACCACGAAACGGUCGGCGUUGGCGGCCUGAACUACAUCUCUCUAGGGAUUGGGUUCUUCUUGGGCACACAGAUCUGCGCUCCGAUCAACGACCGUAUCUAUCGCAGACUCAAAGCACGAAACAACGACAUUGGAAGACCCGAGUUCCGUGUCCCUCUUAUGCUCCCGGGAGCCGUCCUCGUGCCGAUCGGUCUUUUCAUCUAUGGAUGGGGGGCAAGGGCAAGUGUGCACUGGAUUGUUCCUAAUAUUGGAGCCGCAAUCUUUGCUGCAGGCACGAUCAUGGGCUUUCAGUGCACGCAGACCUACAUUGUGGAUGCAUACUCACGUUUUGCGGCCUCAGCUGUCGCUUCGGCCGUGGUGCUGAGGAGUCUGGCAGGUUUUGGAUUUCCCCUGUUUGCUCCAUACAUGUACCAGGCCCUGGGACUGGAUUGGGGAAAUUCUCUGCUUGCGUUUAUUGCCAUCGGCCUUGGUCUUCCAGCACCAGUUCUACUUUGGAAAUAUGGCGAGGCGCUGCGGAACAAGAGUACCUAUGCUGCUGGAUAGGGCCGGCCUAGACUGCGUAUACAGACAAGAGGCGAUCUGCUCGUCAACACCGCAAGGAAGACGGUAUGGCUCAAGGCCCAACUGCCGCCACGCUCCAUGCGAACCUGGCGACCCGGCGAUACGAAUACUUCCUCCAGUGCUUGCUGACCACCCGUUGAAUUUUUCCUGGCGAUAAGAAUUUGGCGUGUCUCCGAUGAAUGCGCGACAUCUGAGCAGUUCGCGGCGGAGUGGCUCGGCCAGGCAGGUGACGUCAGCAUACGACGAUUGUCAGCCUUGCGCAACAGAAUCCCAGAAUUCAGGCCCUUCGGCCAGAACUAGAAACUCUGUUAUGCCCGGAAGUCACAAAUGCCGGGGACUGACAGGCCGGUCCAUCGAGGUUGAAGAAGUGGUCUCUGCGCGAGUGGCGGAAAUGGCGUUCGGCGACUCGGCGAUUCUUGUGGCAGAAAGAGAGAACGAGAGAAUUCGCCGGCAGCUCAACGCUUCGGAUUGAGCGGCGUUGUACGGGGUAGUUGCAGCCCAAUCCUGGGCCCUUUCCACACGAUUGAUGGUGGACGCGCUCAACAUUGCUGGAAUUUCAAAUCCCACCAGCUGCAGGGGUGAGUCGGGGCUCCAUCUAUCGUUGAUGGCUAUGCAUGAUCCACUGGGUCACUUCGAUUUUGUCGUUGAUAGAAAAUACCCCAUCUGUCUGCGAAUCACUUGCUUGCCAUGUUAGCUAUGAUUAUUGAGCGUUGGUCUGUCUUUGGGUCUAAAAAAGAGAGAGAGAGAGAGAGCAACAUUUCUAGUCGACGAAGUGCACCAAUAUACGUCCUUGUCUAGAGUGCAUUGUUGAACCUAGUUGAUAAUAUUAUUGAUCAUCAAGAAAGCUCUUUUGUGAGCAC